AUGACCGGCCUCGGUAUCAAGUCCCCGACCGCGGACUUCCACAUGGCAUCCUCCUCCUCCAGCGGCUCAGAAGACGACGACGCCCCUCUCCCAUUCCCCGAGGCGCUCCCGCGUUCAGACUUUCUCGCCGCCGAUUUCGACCCAGCGUCCUACCUCUCAAACCUCCCUCAUCGCCACCAGACCCUCGACGAUCUCAAGAGUGACCUUCGCGAGCGCAGCGCGGCCAUCAGCGCCGAGCUCCUCGAGCUCGUCAACUCGAAUUACACCGCCUUCCUCUCCCUCGGCGACGAGCUGCGCGGCGGCGACGACAAGGUCGAAGACGUCAAGGUCGCCAUGCUGGGUUUCCGCCGGCAGAUAGAGGAGAUCAAGAGCCGCGUGCGGACGAGGAAAGACGAGGCCGCGAGCCUGACGGGAGAGCUCGGCGACGUGCGCAAAGAGAUCGAGACGGGCAGGCGAAUGCUGGAGCUCGACGACAGGGUGUCUGCGCUGGAGGAGAAGCUGGCCGUCGCGAGCAUGCCGGGCAAGGCGCCGGCGCACGACGCCGACGACGACGAUGCUUGGAGUGUUGCGUCGAGCGAGGAUUCCGACGCCGAGGACGACGAGGUGUACACGGGACUUGUAGGGACCAGCCCGUCCAAACUGUCGGCGUUGGCGCAUGAUUGCUGCAUCAUUGAGGCGUUGGCGGACGUUGCAGGCAGGAAUACGCCCUUUGUCACCAAAAUCGAGUCACGCAUGAUGAGGUGUCGCAACACGUUGCUACUCGAUCUCAACGCUGCUCUGAAAGAAUCGCGCAAGGCAGGGGACAAGGGAAAGUCACGGCUUGUCAAGUACCUCGGGUUAUACGGGCUGCUGGACGCCGAGGCAGAAGCAAUCAAGGCUCUGAAGGGAAACUAG